AUGGCCGCAACAGCUCGUUUCGGUGGUCGUGCACUUGUUGACCAGGAAUCUAUGACACUAUUUUCUGGAGAUAGAGAGACAGCGCGAAUGAAUGAGAUUAGGUCGAAUAUACAAUACGUACGUAAUAGAUGGGGUGAUCAUGACGAGUACACAAAGCUGAAAAAUAUGAUACGACAUCGCAUUUUAUCUAAGGCGCAGAGUCUUCAAACUCGCAAACUCAUUGAAAAGCUUCUUAGUGGUUUCAAUGACUGGGCCGAUAUUAACUAUCAGAGACCACAUAGCAAAUCCGAUGAUAUAGACAAUGAACGACUUGCAGCAAUUGAACUCUAUUGUUCUGAAGAGGGCUACAAUCUUAUCUUCAUUUUGAUGAAUAAUGCAUUACGGAACCCUGUUGAAAGUUCUGACGAGUUACUAAUCGCGGCGACACUUGUGGAGCAUCUAACAAUCGAACUGUAUAAUCUACGUCUUUCGAAUAUUGGGGACACUAGAUAUGCUAACUACCAAGGCAUCACCUAUCGAGGUAUAGCUGUGACAUCUGAAUUAGCACAGGCCUACAGAAGUCUGGCGGACGAAGAGGAUAUAUCAAACCGACAUUUCUCUGUUCCCCUUAGCUUCAUGUCAAGCUCGACAGAUAGAAAGACAAUGGAGCAUUUCGCUCAGAAAGAUCUUGAUAAACAUCCCCAUUUAGAGCCUUUCGAAAUGACUAUUCACAUUUAUGGUCUCGAUCAUCAACUACUACAGCGGUACUCGCAGAAAUACAAGUCUAGUGUGGUAACGAGUAUUUGCGCAAUGCCAGUCGCACAAAUUUCCGAAUACGCAGAGAAGGAAAUAUUACUCCGCGGUCCAGCAUUCCACGUUAUUUCGAUGUAUACUAUCCAAGAACAAGGCCGCAAUGUCCAUAGGCUAGAGGUUGUGAUGCUGAAUAGCAAUCGAGACCACGGUUCUGAACAUGGCUCAAACGACGGAGACAAGCAAGUCCAACGGCAAUUCUUUCUUCAAGUGAUUCUUGCCUCUCGAUAUGAAGUAUGCGCCGAGCUUGCGAAAAGGUAUUCGGCUAAAGAUGCAGAAGAAUAUGUUAAACUGGCACGUAUUGCUCGUCAAAGAAUCGAAGAGGCUGAUCCUAACGAAUCCACAUUGUCUAAAUUACCACAAACAAACACAAGCUUAGACCACGUUAAAGAAGCUACAAGAGUUACAUGGCUUGGGUGUUCUUUCUUUCGGUCCUAUCCAAGGCAUUAUGCGAAUCUCAGAUUAGCCUGGCAGAAUACCAUCACGGGAGGCUGUUGGAGAGACAUAAUUAAGCUCCUUCAGAAGGAUUACAGCUGGAAGCGAGUGGAGUGGUUUAAUGUAGCUAAGUUGCGAAAUACCGAGGAAGAAGAACUAGAGCAAGACAAUGGCUUUACCCUCCUUCACAAGCUUGCGGUUCGAGAAUCUCCAUCGGAACUUGAUUUCGAGGAAAGAUCAGCAUGGAGGCAGGUUAUUCAAGAACUGACUGGUUCUGGAGCGUGGAGAUCAUUGCGCACAUUCGACGAUUCUUCCAAGACCGCGCUUGAAAUUGCCAAAGAAAACGGUCGAUCGGAGCUCAUAGAUGUUCUUACCCCUCACAUAUAUCACAGAACAUCUGAAGCAGUGUUAAAAAAGCUCAGUUCAAAGCUACAUAGGCUUAUGAAGGAGCAUGCUGGAACAUACACUGAUAUUCUACCCCAGAUCGAUAAGCAUGACUUUAGAAUGCCCCAACUAUCGACACUGACGGAGCUAAAGAAGCCAGAAAUGUGGAUACCAAUUCCACACAUGUACGGCGGCUUUCUCAUAGACCUCGAGGUCAACAUUCUGCAUGUGACUAUCUUUAAGAGAGUGUUUGGGGCAACGCAUCAGGAACAUUUAGAGUAUUAUUUGAGCGGUAGUGAAGAGUCGUUAUAA